GUGGAGUCGGAGGCGGGAAACGUCGUCUGGCCCCGCCCCCUCCUUCUGUGUGGAGGAGAACGCGCUGCGCGCCCCACCUUGCAGCUACUGGGUUCCCGCGCGUCCUCGGAGUUCUCAGCUUUUCGGGCCCUGGACCCUGCAACAUGGCUGUCAAGAAGAUCGCGAUCUUCGGUGCCACCGGAAGGACCGGGCUCACCACACUGGCGCAGGCGGUGCAAGCAGGUUACGAGGUGACGGUGCUGGUUCGAGAUUCCAGCAGGUUACCGUCAGAGGGGCCCCAGCCAGCCCACGUGGUGGUGGGAGAUGUUCUGCAGGCGGGCGAUGUGGACAAGACUGUGGCUGGACAGGAUGCCGUCAUCGUGCUACUGGGCACUGGCAACGACCUCAGUCCUACUACAGUAAUGUCCGAGGGCACCCGGAACAUUGUGGCAGCCAUGAAGGCACAUGGAGUGGACAAGGUCGUGGCCUGCACCUCGGCCUUCCUACUCUGGGACCCGAGCAAGGUGCCCCCUCGCCUACAGGACGUGACCGAUGACCACAUCCGGAUGCAUAAGAUUCUGGAGGAGUCAGGACUGAAGUACGUGGCUGUAAUGCCCCCACACAUUGGGGACCAACCACUAACCGGGGCCUACACAGUGACCCUGGAUGGACGAGGGCCCUCGAGGGUCAUAUCCAAGCAUGAUCUGGGUCACUUCAUGCUACGGUGCCUCACCACCCAUGAGUAUGACGGACAGAAGACCUACCCUUCCCACCAGUAUGACUAGGACCCUGGCCCUGGCUGGGAGGGUCCCAUCCUGAGAAAUGGCACACAUGGAGGGAUCAAUACAUUUUUAGCCAAGAACUUCAAAUUCUUUCAGAAAACCUAAUCCUAAUUUUCCUCUGUC